AUGACUGAGAGCCCGACCGAAAAGAAGAAUACUGGAAGGAGAAGAACCACCUACAGUAGAAAAGGUUGUGUUGUAUGCAAGACUCGAAAGCUUAAGUGUGACGAAACAAAACCUCAGUGUUCAAAUUGCGUAAAAGCAAGAAGGAUAUGCAAUUAUUUGGAAGGAGCUAAAUUCAGUAAAUCUAGGACAAUUUCCCUUGAAGAUGUGCCUUCUUUUAAAUUUUACCAAAAAUAUAAACAUAAUGACAAGUCUCUCGGUUUGAAGUCAAUUACGCCAACAAAAACAGAGCCAAGCACUGAUGAGUCAACUACUGCUUAUAUUACACAACAUGAGGUGAGAGACUCAGAUAAAAGGUCUGAGGUUUCUCCAAAUGAUAGUGUUAUGCCACUGCAGAACCAAGAUCUCUUGAAAACCCCAGCUUCAACUCCCUCCUUAGAAGGAAUCUUCGACCCAAAUAGAGAGUUUGACCAGAUGCUAAUGGAUGAUGCUACUUCAUUGGCCCUUGGGUUGAAUGACGUGGCUGAAUUUGAUAUGGAUCAGUUGAACAUUGAAAACUUUCCUGAAAUAGCAUUUACCAGCGAAUAUAGUCGUGAUAUCAUCCUGGAAGCUGAUACUCAAACAGAUAUAAGGAUCCAACAAACGAUGGCAUCUCACGAUUUGUUAAAUGAUCAUAUAAACUAUAUUCGCCUAUUUAAAAAAAAGUAUUCUCUUUGGUUAAUACCGCUUUGUUCUGAAUCAAAAAACAUAUGCGCCCAAACAUUAUUAGCGCAAGCAGUUGACUUCCCAUUUUUGUUGUAUGCCAUUCUAUCUAUAAGUGCGAGAUAUGAGAGUUUCUUGAAAGAGGAUAAGGUAGAUGAACAUUAUCUGAAGCUCUAUUUCGUUAAAUGUUGCAAGGAGCUUUCGAGAAUCUUUGAAGAUAAACAUCAUAUGGCUAGUUACAUUGAGCCUCUCAUUUUAACGACACUACUACUUGUGACAGAUGCUGCUGUUUUCAUAAAUGGAGACUGGAGAGCACAUUUGAAAGCUGCACAUAAUUUGUUUAGUAAAUAUGUUGAUGCCUAUAAGAAAAACAGCCCAGCGAUUGUACUUUCAAGAUCGUGGUUUGCAGUGUAUGAAAUUCUCGCAGUGUCAACGAAUACCUCUGGUGGAGCAAUAGCUUCUCAAAAUGAGCUCGAUAUGUUGACUGAUAUACUGUUUGGAUCGAAGGAUUCGAAAUUAGGAAUUGAACUUGGGCUUUAUUUACCUAAUGGCUAUAAUGUCUUUUUGGGGUAUACUGAUGAAGCAGUGCUGAUGUUUAUAACGUUCGUAAAAAUAGCCAUCAAAAUUAGGGAGAGUCAAAUAAAGUGCGUAUCACCAGAAGAUCUUUCUACCUUAAUGAACCAAAUUGACGUUGCAAAGAAGACUUUCUUGGCUUCAGAUAACUGUCUAAUUGAGAAAGACAAUGCCUUUUAUCCGAGAAAUGCUACGGGGAUGCUUUUGCCGACCGCAACGUACGGUUACAUAGGCGAGAUUGUAUUUUCCUGGUUUGACAUAUCUCAUAAAUUACAUGUACAAGCAUUAUAUCUCAAGGUUUUAACUGAUGAAAGUUUUUUAAAUUUACCACGAGAAUCAAGCCUCGUCCAGAGUCUUGUUAAGGAAAUUUUGUCUUAUUGCCAUUUUUUUUUGGGUAUAAAAUUUACUGAUCCUUUGUUCUCUUUGGAGGCUCAGCUAGAACUGAAUAAAAGAGACACUUUUUGGCAGGACCACCGUUUAAUAAACUGCCACUGGGCUCUUCUUACAUGCGGUGUAUGUUGUUUGAAUCACAUUGAUCGCCUAAAGAUAGAGAUUUAUUUUCGAAGCAUGAUUCAAAUGGGCGCUAGAUCGUUCAAAACAAGUUUCGAGCACAUACAGAAAAAAUGGAAUGGAGAAGUUGGGAUUUCAGAGUGUGUUCCAUUCUGCUGA